CCGGACGCUUUUUGUGACAAGAUGUGCAAGGAACUGGGUCUCUGUUGUGGUCUCCUAUCACUCGGCGCCUUCAUCUCCUGCUUUGUGGUCCUGCACAUGCUGAACAAGAUCAUCCACAUCCACUUGGACACAGCCAUGCAUGUGAGCAUCCCCUUGGAGGCCAAUGAUGUUGAGGUAUUCGGCUCGGGAUGCCAAAACACCCUGAUCGUGAACAAUCUGGAUGCACCGCAUCUCAGCUGGCUGGAGCUCUUCUACAUGCGCUGGACGGUGGUGUUCACGCUGGUCUACUCCUUCGCUGCCACGCUCCUCAAUCGGGCCAAAUACCUGGGUGACUUUCAGAUUAACCUGGCCACUUCCAAUGCGAUGAUACUGAUGGGCUCUCUGCUGUCGGUGGUGCUACUAUUGGCCACUGUUGACCUCCAUCAUCGUGAGCACUUUAUGAAGCUGUGGUGCAACGACUUCAUCAUCUACCAUCUGUACUACAUCGCAAUCACCACCGCAGUGUCGGUGGUUUUCUUCAUUACCCACUCCUGCCAGAAGCACCUGAGCGAAUAAGCUGUAUAAAACUCCUGGGGAAGUCUUAGCAAUGCAAAAAAGUAGGCCAGCUCAAAUUGAAUCCUCCAGCAUUUGUAAAACAUCUUUACUCUAAUAACGAAAGUCCUAGGGAAGCAGCAGCACCACAACCACUUCAUCGUUUACAACCAGUCUAAAAGUACUAGGCAAUGAAAAAGAGUAAGCCAAUUCAAAAAUUAAUCCCUAACCAUCAUUUGAAAGUAAAGGACUAUAGUUAACAAACCAGAUAUGCCAAAGGAAACAAAUAACAAUUUAACCAAAUUAUCUUUAGGCUCAAAUAGGGCUAACUGCCUUAUAUAUGCAAGUAGAACCGCUGCAUCGUUUGGAGCCAGCAUCCAAACACUAAGCAAUGCAUUUUGAAAAAUUAAUUUUGCUAAAGUAAAGAUACAACUCAAAUAAACAAUAUCCAUGGGAGGCGCCACUUAUUUCAAAUAUUUAUUCUUAAAUUCCCUUGGAAGAACGAUUAUGGGUAAAAAUGAAGCCCAAUCGGUUCAGUUUGCAGUAACCAUAUCA